UUAGGACCUAGGAUCCGCGCUGGAGAUACGGAUACGAUUCCUGGAAUUACAAAGCAUUCGUAAGGCGUGAAACGAGGAACUGCUUGUAGUAUCGGACCGAAAUGAGCGCAAGUGAUGACACUGAACUUAAGUGGCCGAUCUUCAUAUGACAGGAGCUGGAUGGAAAACACGCGUCUGGGGAGAUGGAAUCAAGAAAUGGACUGAGCCAAAAGUGAUGCGUUUUGUAUUUCAUCUUUUUAAAAAGGCUCACAAAUGACAAGUUUCCUGCUUCACUGAUUGCAUCAGGAUUUCCAUUACAGCCUGGAAACUCACUGCCAUAGCCCACUCUAGCAACAAGCUACAGACAGGACUCCAGUCAGUUGGCUUAACCAACAUUAUAUUCAUGACUAUUUUUUACCCGGCCACUUUUUUAAAAAACUGUUCAGUUGAAAUGACUUCAUAGCUGCUUACACAUUUGGUUGAACAAAGUUGGACUUUGCCGUGCCUUUUCAGCAGAACCUGGUAAUUCUAACUUGCUUCAUGUUACUUUCACGUACUAUUGUAAAGGUUUAUUUUAUCUCCUGACAAAAUGCACGCUAUGAAUGUGCAAAUGAGCAAUACCAAACUGUUAUAAGUUUAUUAGAAGAAUUCAGGAAAAAGAUACCAUAUUGGUAAAAUUGUGACUCAAGUGAAUAAUGCUCUGUACCACACCUCUCUUUGGUGCUUUGAAUUGUAUCCCAGCUUAACUUUAGUGCUGGAAGUUAGUGUGACCAUUAGAUUCUGGGAUGAAGGAGGCGUGUAGGAUCUGCGCCCGCGAGCUGCUGGGUAAUCAGCGCCGCUGGAUCUUCCACCCAGCCUCCAAGCAUGACCUGCGGGCUCUGCUGUCCUACGCACUAGGCCAAGAACUGGCCCGCGAUGGCCGGGGCGAGUUCGCCUGCAGUAAGUGCGUGUUCAUGCUUACCCGCAUGUACCGCUUCGACACUGUCAUCGCCCGCGUGGAGGCGUUGUCUAUUGCCCAUAUCUGGGGGCUACUCAUGGAGAAGGACCGGCUGAGGCACUGCAUCAGGGGGCUGUACCGCCGCAGCAACAGUGAUGAGCCAGGGGUGAGGCCUGGGGCAAGGGCAGACUGCACCCUGCCUGAAGCCAAGUAUAGUGCCCUACUCCAGAAGGACUGUGCCUACUCCAUGUAUGAGUCCUGGGCAGAACACGAGUACCAGACACUGGAAGGCACCAACUCCCUCGGUCUCCACCCGUACCUUUUGCGGGUCUCUACCAACAACGGUAGUAGAAGCUGCCGGAAAUGCAACCGCCUGCGUGUGGCCGACUCAGACUAUGAGGCGGUAUGCAAGGUGCCCCGUAAGGUAGCCAGGAGCGUCUCCUGUAGGCCCACCGGACACUUAGCCAGCACCCCAGCAAGCCGCUGCGGAGAGCCACCUGUCGCUGCAGCAGCAAUGCCUAUGGGCUCCCCACCCGUUUAUCCUGAGUCAACUGUGCAGUCCCUGGACAUAGGCAUCGAUGAUUCCAGGGAGGACCAGUGCUGUGACUCUUCAUGUGAGGAGCAUGCCUGCCUGGCGUUGGCCCUACGUCUGGCCAGAGAGUGCACUUACAGGCCUGUCCCCCGUCUGCCAGGCAGCAGGCUUCCCAUCCUGUGCAAACCAGCCUCCCCUGGACCGGGGGGAACAGGAACUAUCUCCAGCCCACUCUUUGAGACCUCCAACUUCAAGGAGCUGGACAAAUCCUUCUCCCAGAAGCAGCCAGCGAGCGACCUGGAGAUGCUUGAUCUGGAGCAACUCUGGCAGGAUGCCCAUGCAGAGUAUCUGCCAUUCCGCCAGAACCUGAUUGAAGAGCAGCAGGCCCAGCUGAACCAGUAUGAAUGUGCGGCGGGCCAGUGCGUCAGUGAGCUGCAGAAGGCCCAGCUGCAAGUGCAGUCCCUGCAGGCUAAGAUCCAUGAGAGUGAGACCAACAACAAGAAGCUGCAGGAGAAGCUGUGUGAGAUGGAGUCAGAGCUGCGUUCCAUCCGGCAGGCUGCACAGUGUCAGGAGCGCACCAUCCAGGGACUGAGCGAGUCAGUUACCACCAAAGACAGUGAGGCGGAGGAGUUGUACCGCGUCAUCGAGGGACAGAAUGACACUUUGUGCAAACUGCGCGAGAUGGCCCAGCGCAGUCAGCUGCAGCAAAUGCAGGGGCUGGAGAUGUGGCAGGAAGCAGGGCAGACCCCUGCAUUUGGGGCAGAGUUCCUGGCUCUGCAGAACUCUCUCUUCUCCACCAAACUGGAGCUGGAGGGCAGCCAGAGGGCCCGGCGGCAGAUGGAGAGGCAAGCGGCCGACCACAUCCGUGCCCGUGACCGCCUCCAUGCCGACCUGCAGGAGGCGCUGCAAACCCUGGAGAAAACCGAGAAGCACAAUCAGGAGAUGCGAUGUGCUCUUCAGCAGACUCGCUGUGAUCUGCAGGUAAAGGAGGGGCAGGUGAAAGAAAAGGAGGGAGAGAGAGAGAUGGAGGUGGAAGAGAGAGAGAAGACCAUCAGGCAGCUGAGAAUCUCCCUGAAGGACAAAGACCACCUGCUGGAGGAAUAUUCAGAACUCAUGGACCGUUCCAGAGACCCCAGCGAGUCCAGGGAUGCUCUUCUGGACAAGCUGAGGGGCCGCAUUAAAGAAAGGGAUAAAGCACUAGAGCGCUCCAUCGACGACAAGUUCCACUGUCUGGAGGAGAAGGAGGAGGAGGUGCGGCAGCUACAGCUCUCCAUCAGGGAGAAGGACAGAGACAUGGACAGAUUGCGCUGUGUCCUGUCCAACAAUGAGGACACAAUCACUAGCCUGGACAGGAUGGUGCGUGGGAAGGACCUGGAGCUGGAACAGGUCUCCGAGGCCUACAGGAAACUGCAGUGGCUGAAGCAGGAAGCAGAGGAGUGUCAGGGCCGGAGCCUCAGAGAGCGGGACGCCAUAAUUGGCCAGCUGCAGAACUCUCUCCAGAUGGGCACCAAGGAAUUGGAGGAACUGACUGCGUCGCUGGUCAGUAAGGUCUCAGCGGACCCCAGCGAGCUGGUGGAGAAGUUGAGGUUGCAUCUCCAGCUGAAGGAGCAUCUGUUCAAGGAGGUUCUGUCUGACCGGAGCCAGCAGGCCCAGGAGCACAGCACCGAGGUCCAGGAACUGCUCAGCACCAUCGGUGCCAGAGACCAGUACAUCAAGGAGUCUGCGAGCCAGCUCAGGCGCGUAAUCAGCGAGCGGACGGACGAGCUUCAGGAGGUGCGCAAGCAGCUGAUCGCCCAGGACAGGGAGGUGAGAGAGCUGAAACUUGAGAGUGAACAGCGCGACAGAGAGCCACGCCUCGAGCUGGAACUUCUGCAGAGCCAGCUACGUGAGAAAGAGGCCCUCAUACAGAAGCUGGUGCAGGAGCGGGAGGAGCCCAUGGUCAUCGCCACGUAUGAAGAGACACCAAAGGCAGGUGACACCACACCCAGGAGGCAGGAGGUGGAGGCGGUUGAAGAGGAGCUGAAGCUGGUGUUGAAGAAGGAAAAGGAGGCUCAGCUGGAGGUCUCCACCCUGCACUCCACCCUGACCAGACAGGAGGAGGAGGUCUGCUCCCUGUCGGCUCAGGUGGAGGCCCUCACUGCAAGCAUCCAUGCCAAAGAGGAUCUCAUCAAGGACAUGCAAAAGCGUCUGGUGGAUCCCUCUGACUUGCCAUUGGUAGAGGAGCUGACCAAUGAGCUACAGGCUCUCAGAGAGAGCAGAGCUCAGCAGGACACGACCAGUAAUGACUACCAGCAGCGUCUUCUGGAGCAGCUGGUAUUGGAGUACAGCAGCCUGAAUGCAGCCCUGAGGACUGAGAUGAAGUUGUAUCACAGCCUGACUCAGAUACACGCACAAGGACAGGGGUCUGGGAACACCCUGCAGACAGAGUUGAACACGGUUCAGGCACUGAGAGGGCAGCUUGAGGAGGUCCUAGCAAGGACCCAAAAUGUCGUCCUGGCAGUGGAAACGUCACCAAAUCCACAGCCUGAUUUUGGAGAGCUCAACACAGACGAGGAAGGGGAAGAGGAGGAGGAGGAGGAAGAGGAAGAAGAAGAUGGCAGCAGUGAAUACUCAGACAGCAUUGAGGAGGAAGACAGCAAACUGACAGCUCGAACUCUAGCCACUACAAUGGAUUCUGGGGUCAUCUGCAAACUGGAAGACCCAUGCCCAGGUCUGGAGAAGAAGGUGCUAUCCCAGAGUGCUGCAGUGGAUGGGCGGGGCCUGGCAGAGUGGCGGGUGGAGAUGCAGCAGCUGAUGGAGCAGAAGAGGGCAGUGGAACGGGAGCUGGGGGAGCUGAAGGUGCAGCUGGAGAAGGCCGGCUUUGCCUCCCUGUCCCAGAUGAGGAUCGCACUUCUGAACCUGCAGCAGGAGAACAGCGAGCUGAAGCAGGCGGCGGGUCAUGUGACGUGGAGAGGGUGGGAGCAAGGUGUGACGAGUGGGUUGAGCAGUGUCAAUGGUGGGGGUGUAACCGUGGCGAUCGGGAACGACAGGGGCGUCCCAGGACCAGAUGCCCCGGGGGCUGGUGAGGAGGUGGGGCCAGCUCAGGGCAAACGUGGAGCCCCAAAGGUUCCUCUGCAGGAUGGGCAGGGGAAGAGGAGGUGCACCCGGCCUCCAUCUCAGGACCGAGGGGGUCUGCCAUCCCCAAGUCCAACACAUCCCUCACAUGCACAGGACGAGGAGCCGGGUAGGAGGAGGUGCGAGGUGCGGGAGCAGGUGGAGGUGGGUCUGCGGUCGGAGCUGGCGCUGAGCAGGCAGGAGAGCCGAGAUCUGCAGGAGAGGCUGAUGGUGUCAGAGGCCACGGUUCAGGCCCAGGCAGAGCAGCUGAAGGACUACAGAGAGCUACUGACCGAGACGUCAGUGGAGCAGGCCAGUAAGCAGGUGCAAGUGGACCUGCAGGAUCUGGGAUACGAGACUUGCGGCCGGAGUGAGAACGAGGCAGAGAGAGAAGACACCAGCAGCCCAGAGUUUGACGACCUGGAGAUGUGCACCAGCCUAUCGGGGCAGCAGGUGCGCGGGACGCGAUGGUGGGGGGCUGGGGGGGCUGGCGCAGGGUGCGGCGGUGAAGAAGAGGACGCCGAGACUCUCCGGCGACACGUCCGCGACCUGCGCGCCCAGCUCUCCCGCUCCACCAAGGUGGUCCGUAACCUGCAGGCGCGCGUGCGCUCGCUUUCCGCCACCAGCGACUAUGCCUCCAGCCUGGAGCGCCCGCGCAAGGUCAACUGGAGCUUCCAGCCCUCGCCCUCCCACAGCGCCGCGGACGAGGACGAGGGCUGGCAGUCGGACGGGCCGGGCCACGUCCCCGAACCGCGGCCUAACCGCACACUGAGGGAGCUGGUGUCACGCGUGGCUUCCCUGGAGGCCCAGCUGAAGAGCUCCAAGCUGGAGGGAAAGAGCAUCGUAGAGGACCCGAAAUCCGCCACCUGGCCAGGGAAGUACAACACGCUGAUCCAGGCGCAGGCCCGCGAGCUGUCUCACCUGCGGCAGGCCAUGAGGGAGGGCCGGGGCGUGUGCCACAUCCUGAGCCAGCACCUGGGCGACACCACCAAGGCCUUCGAGGAGCUGCUGCGCGCCAACGACAUCGACUACUACAUGGGCCAGAGCUUCCGCCAGCAGCUGGCCCAGAGCAGCGCGCUGGCUGACCGCGUUGGCACCAAGAUCAGCGGAUGGGAUCGCACAGAACUUCACGAGGACAAAAUGGGUCAUGAGUUGCUUGCUCUGCGGCUGAGUAAGGAGCUCCAGCAGAAGGACAAGAUCAUCGAGACCCUUCACACCAAGCUUCAGCAGCACGCGGACACGCCUUCCAGUGGUCACGCCCUGUCCGAGACCACUGACCAAUCAGACAGGACCUCCUUCGUGUCAGACGAGCAGGGCUCCACCAAUGAGGACCUGGAGCUGUGUUCGGACAUUGACGGCCCCAGCGAAUAUGUGCCUGAGGAGCGGAGCGUGCGAGGAGGGCACAUGCGGCUCGGUGCAGAUCCACCUCCCAAAAAUGGCACUCCAUCACAGCACAUAGCUAUACCAUCACCCACCACUGCAUCUCACGGAGUUCAGUCAUCCGCUAGCUGUCCCAGCAUCCUGUGCACACCACACAACCCAGUGAAGACUCAGGUCCAUGAAGGCUUGUAUUCUGGGACUGUGUCCAGCUCUCUCCCCGCCCCCCUGACCCGCUACUGCCCUGACCUCACACCCUUUGACCCCCACUCUCCCCUCAUGGGACCUGGGGGACUCUCCCUGGGCGAUAUUCACCAGGAGCUGCAGACCCUGCAGAAGGAGCUGGGAGAAAGUUUUGGUGUACCUCAUAUAAAGGCGCUGUCUGACUUACCCCCAGACACCCUCUCCUACCCUGAGCCAUCCGCCUACCUACCUCUAUCCCAGCAUGCCUUUCACCAGCCUCAGCUUGGCAGCUCUGACAGGACCUCCACCCCAAAGCUGGACGUGGGUGUCCUGGAGAAUAAUGCAUUAUGGGAAGCACCCCACGCCAGUCUGCCAGUGAGGGUUGGUGCUUAUGGCACUAUCUCUUCCGGGUCGUCUGGCUAUCGGUCUGGUGCCAGUUACACAGGUGCUGAUCUAAUCGAGGAACACCUUAGGGAGAUUCGGGGACUGCGGCAGCAGCUGGAGGAAUCUGUUCGCACCAACGAGCGACUGAGGCAGCAGCUGGAAGACAGGCUGGCCUCAGUGGGCCGGGAGAGCAGAGCGUCCACAAACAUCUACAUCCAAGGGAUAGAGUCUCUCAGCCAGCUAACCAACGAGAAUCGAGCCCUAAAGGAGGAGAUCCUGGCUCUGCAGUCCCGGCUGCAGGCUAGCAGAGAUAGCUGCAAGGAGGUGGAGCACCUGCGUGAGGAAGUGCUGAUGGGGCGGGCGCAGCUGAAGGAGUCAGAGCUGGAGGUGGAGGAGUGGAGGGAGGAGGUGAGGAGACUGCAGGCACACAGCUGUCAGCAGGGCCAGGAGAUCCAGCAGCUGAAGCAGGAGCGGCAGACUGGCCAGGAGCACAACAACCGGCUCCAUCACGAGGUGAACCUGCUGCAGCAGCAGCUUGCAGAAAGCCGCAGGCUCCUGCACUCACUGCAGUGUGAGCUGCAGGUGUACGAUCGCAUGUGCAGGAACGGCAAGAACCCCUACGCAGGGUACAGGGGUGAGCUGACGUACUCCGGGGUGCCCUCAUCCCAGGAGUUGGGUGAGCUGCUGGUGGAGGUCCGCGCCCUUCGGGCACAGCUUGAGCGCAGCGUGCAGGAGAACGGCGCCCUGCGCGUGCAGCUGGAACAGCAGCUGGGCGGGGCCAUCGCCGUCACGAACAGCAACCGUCGGCCCAACACCAUCCCAGUGAGCCCCCAGCGGGACGGCCUGUAUAAGAGGCAGCUGUUUCACGACCCCGCGCCCUCUCCACCCGUCAGAGACACGGGCCUGUUUAACAGUGUGUCCCCCUACGCACCACUCACUGGCCUGGAGGACCCCCAACUCACAGUCAACGAUGCACUAGACCCGCACGCAGACCUGGAAGGAGAGGCGCCCGACGGCUCCUUUGCCAACAGGAACGGGCGACAUGCCGUGGGGCACGUGGAUGACUUCACCGCCCUCCAGCAGCAGGUCCUGGAGGGGAAGGCACUGGUGCACAAGAUGAAGGGGGAGCUGCUGGAUCUGGACCUCGGCGGGGCUCCGGACUAUGGCGGUGUGACGGACCUCCUGGCUGAUGCCAAGACCCUGCAGCAGAUCCUGGAGGAGGCUACCUCUCUCCUGAAGAUGUUCUGGAGGGCAGCACUGCCCGAUGGCGAGAGGUUCUCCCAGCACAUCCAAAAGGAGAAGGCUCUGCAGGAGGAGGUUCACAAACUGAAGCUGCAGGUCACGAAGCAGGAAGAGGUGUUGGAAGGCACUGUCGAGAGGCUCAGGAACUCCAACCGCACCAAGGAGGGCAUGGAGCGCUUCAUCAUCAGCCAGCUGUCCAGGACACGUGACGUCCUGAAAAAAGCACGGUCAAAUCUGCAGAAGAAUGAGUCCAAGAUUUCCUCCUUAAGUUCCUCUUCUUCCUCUACCUCCCCUUACCCUGCUAAAGCUGAGGUCCUUAGAGGCCCCGGGGAACAACCUCCUGAUCGGAGUAUCAUGAGCCCACGCCCCCGGGUACCAGCCAGGGGUGUGACUAGCCAGCGUCCUGCCAGGAAGCGCGGGGGACAGUGCCUACUCCAAGUGGUCACACACUAAACCAGCGGGAGACCCAUCAGCCUCUCCACCCUCAGACUCUGACAACACUCUUUUUUCUUACAUAAGAAGGAGGAGGACUCGUUUGCCUUUUUGCUGAACUAUGUUCGAGGAACUGCUUUGUUUUCUCAGAAGCAUACCACAGAGACUCUGGUGUGAUCUGAUUUUGCUUUGCGAACAAGAUGGGAGUUGAGUUUGGAAAAGACUUUGUGAUGCAUCUGUGUGCCCUGACCUGCUAUAAUGUCCUUUACCUAGCCAACCAGUGGAAGUAUACAGCUUUGUUGGGGGAGACAAAAUCUUAAUAUAUCAUGUUUCAAUCAAUACCCUCCAAGUCUGCUACCACAGAAACAAAAUUUCUGCAAAGCAAUUUCACUUACAAAUUCAAAUAACCAACAUUUAAAAACUUUGGAUAAUCUGCUGGUGUUUGGGAAUGAAUUUUCUGUUGCCCAGGAAACAUUGGAAACGAAGUUGAGUGGGUUUUGCAGAUUUUUCUUUUACAUUUUUAUUUCUAUAUGUUCUGUUUUCUUCAAGUAAAGCCUGGGAAUGGUUUUGCCACUAUUUCCAAGUCACUCUCCUUAGUGAAGAGAACAGCAUGUACUCAGUAUUAGGGCUGUCCAUUCUAGAUGAGCAUGUGCAAUAAGGUUGGCUGUUUGCCCAACAGCUCUGUCGCACCAGCUUUUGCCUGACUGAAACUGAAGUAUUUAAUCUAAGGCUAAGACCGUCAGUGCAAUAUUCUGAAACACUACUGACAGAAAUAAGAUACUAGUUUUAGGAGAAGUAGCUUUGGGAGGUAGAAUGGAAAUACAAAUCCGUGUAUUACGGUUGCGUAUUACGUGUAUCACCGACACUGCCAAAGUUUGAACUCCUAAAGUCCUUUUAUUUAGCAUCUUCCACGAGUAUUGCGGGGUCUGCACGCGACUCUGAAAUCAGACAAUCAGAAACGACUGUCGCAAGUAAUUUCUGUCUUUGGGUGAAAACCCAUCUGCAGACAGCAAUUAGAAAGAGACUCGGUAACCGUUAUAUGUUUGGUCCAAUUGAAUCCACAUUGAAUAGAUGGCAUUUUUUUAACAUAAGGACCAAACAUUGCAUCCUUUUAGCUGUUAAUUGUAGCCUACUUUAUUCCAAAUCCAAAAAGAUGUUUUCGUGUUUUUGAAACCGGAUGCAGUAAAUUCUUCUAAAUUUAGUGAUUUGUCUUGGUUCAGAUUUGCAGAGCAUUCCAGUUACAGUUGUGAAUAGAUGUUACAUGUUCUCCAUAUAUGUUCACAUAAAGAUGUUGCAAACUUUGGCAGAGUAAGUGGUGAAAUUGAUGUCCUUGAUCUAAAAAUCAGUAAGCUGUCACACGAUGUUGUUUCUAGGCUGCUUCAUUGCUUUUUGCUGUAUAUUUCUGCACUUUGAUCUUGUACAUAAGGCUUUUACUUUUGUGUUUUUGUGUGUGAUUAGAAUGCAACGCAAUUUAAUAUAUGUGGAAAUGAAAUAUCUGGGUAGCAGUGCAAUAGCCAACAAUACCUUAUUUUCUUUCAGAUGUUUAACAUCCAGCAGAUAUUUAAGCGCUGAGUGAACCAUUUUCUGCUUGGUAUUGUCCCCUUGUUGUGUGCUUUUAUGCUUACGCCAUUUUAAAAUUGUCCAUAUUUCAGGACACAUACACAUAGUGUUAUGAUUGAUAAUAUAUAGCCUUGCCCUUAAAUUUAGCAGGAAUGACUAGUUUAUAGGGCACUGAUAAUGUAAUGCCUUUAUCUUUCUUUUGCUUUGGGCUAAAGUGUAUCAGUGGGCAAAGAUAAAACUUUAGCGUGUGCCAACCCAGUGAAUUUCCCCCAGAGAAUCGGCGAGCACUAGAGCUCGACCCAGAAUUAAGCAUUUGGAUUUAACAGGAAGUUAGCAAGACAAACAUUAGGAUACGGUACAUUUCUGUUGUUCUGUCAUGUACUAGUCAGAGCCUUAAACAAAGCACUCCUUCGAGUAAGUGUCCCUGUUGCAUAAAGGGAUAAAGCCAGCAUUGUAACGCCUUUUCUGUGUGGGUAUAAGCUUGUAUGAUAUGUAUAUAGCGAUCGCAGUCAAGACACGGUGUGUUGUAAUGAAUAAUGCUUAAGAUGAAUGAGACGCUUUGAAGGUGUUUUUUGCUCAGUGGAAUAAACAAAGAAAAUCUCCAGAUUC